AUGCCAGUUUCUCUGUUUUACCACUACACUGACGUGAAGGAUGUCGAAGACCUGGCAACUCGUUUACGUUCUCUCGGGCCGCCGUUGGGGCUCGCCGGUAGAAUACGUGUAAGUGCUGAGGGUAUAAACGGGACAUUUGGCGGUUCUGAAGCAGCUGUUGAGAAGUUUCAUCGAGCCCUUUUAUCGGAGCUUCAGCUUGCGGAUUUAGACUUUAAGGUAUCACCUGGAUCUGCCGAGAAUUUUCCAGGAGGGUGGAAGAUUCGGAUAUGUCGAGAAUUGGUUACACUGGGAGUCGCCGAAGAACUAGCAUCCUGGCGAGAUGCUGCACCGCACAUAGGUCCCAAUACUUUCAGAAAAGAAGUCUUGAGCCCAUCGAAAGACGUCGUUGUGCUUGAUGUUCGAAAUCAAUACGAACACGCAAUCGGGCGAUUCAAGGGCGCAGUCUUACCAUCGAUUAGACAGUUCUCCGACUUGCCCAAAUACAUUCGAGAAAAUAAGGAGAGAUUCAGGGACAGGCGAGUGCUGAUGUACUGCACGGGGGGUAUCCGCUGCGAGAGAGCUUCUGCGCUUUUGAGAAACAUGGACAUCGUAAAGUCUAUUGGUCAGCUACAUGGAGGUAUAGAUCGAUUUUUGAAGCAGUAUCCAUGUGGAGGUGAUGCUUUCCAAGGCAAGAAUUUGGUUUUUGACACACGUCUUGCCCUGGGCACAACACAGGCGACCACGGUAGGGAAGUGUGUCGCUUGCAAAGGGUUGUGGGAUGACUAUUCAAAAGGCUGGCGAUGUAUUCACUGUCGCUCUCGUGUACUGCUUUGCAACAGUGCUCGCUGUACAGAAUACUUUUACAAAGAGCAUGGUGGCUGCUGUCGUGCAUGUCAUUCUAAUAUGAAUGCUGGAGGUCCACUAUGA